AUGAAUAGUGACACCCUAACACAAGAGCAGAGCGAUGCUCUGAUCCGUUUUCAGGAAUUUUCCGGAAUGGAGUCCUAUGAAACUAGUCUUCAGUAUCUCAAAAUGACUGAUUGGGACGUGGAACGCGCCGUCAAUACUGUCUUAAUGUUGAAUGCAGAUCUUCCAACAAACAAUACUCCACCAGUGAUAAUCGAGCGGCGAAUACCUCCCGCAACAUCAGUAACAUCUCGAUACAUGCCAAACUAUGCGUUACAACUAUUUCGUACACCGCUAUCAUUUUUAUACACUUUUUAUCUGAAACUCCAACCGUUUUUACCUUGGAGAAUCGUUCGUGCUGCUUUCUCAUUCAUUCGUUCAUUAUUCUGGACUGAGCCACCACGAGAUCCUUUGACUGAACUGGAAGAUUACUGUAGGUAUUUCAAUAAUAAGUACAGUACUGAUCAUCCAAUAUUUUAUCAAGGAAAAUUAUCUCAAGCACUUCGAGAUGCUCAACGCGAAGUUCGUCUACUUUUCAUUUACAUACACGAUAGCAAUUCAGCCAUGUGCGAUCGAUUUUGUCGUGAAAUUUUGUGUGGCGAAGCCUUUCAAUCGAUACUCGGUAAUAAUCUCCUAUGGAGCACAAGUCGAAAUACGCAAGAAGGUGUUGCAGCCGGUCGUUUGCUGAUGGCAAAUACUUUUCCUUGUUUUUGUAUUAUUGCACAUUACGGCUCACAACAAACUGUUCAAUUUAAACUAGAUCACUAUACCGAUUCCGAUCGAUGCUUAGCAGAGAUCAUAGGUGCUGUUCAAAAUGCUGAUCAAACACUUGAGUACAACCGACAACGAAGGAUACAAAGUACUUCCAGAGAUCGUCUUCUAGAAGAACAAAAUCAAGCUUAUUUGGACUCUGUUCGAAUCGAUAAAGAAAAAGCUGAGCAGCGUGAACGAGCAGAAAAUGAACGAAGACGCUUAGAAGAAGAGCAACAAAGGAAACUACAAAAAUUUGCUGAAUUUCGCGAUCGACUAAAACAAGCGCUUCAACCAGAACCAUCACCCACCGAAACUGAUAUUGUCCAAGUGUCUAUACGUUUGCCAGCUGAUGAGCCGAUUCGUCGACGUUUUCGUCGAAGUGAGCCAGUAAAAAGCUUAUUUGAAUUCGCAUGGACCAACUCCAAUGUGCCCAAUCAAUUCGAAUUACUAUGGGGUUACCCUCGUCAGCGUUACCAAUAUGAACAGAUGAAUAAUGAAAGCAUAGGCGAUCUAAUGACAGGAACUACGGAAACGUGUUUCCUCGAAGAGAUCGACGAAGAUAAAUAA